UCUCAAACAAUACAUUCUCCACUAUCUCAAACAGAAAAACCUCAGCUUGAUAUAUGCCAAGUGAGAAUAAAGCAAGAACCUGACGAUAACAUCGCCGAUACUCUGACUGAUGUCAACAAUACUCAUAAUAUCAUCGGUCAGUCAUCAUCGCUGGCUAGUCCAACAUCUACAUUGUCUUUACCAACUAUGGCCUCCAGUCAGGACAGUGACAUUCAGAUCAAUGCCAGCACAUCGGGCCUAAAUACUCGUUCAAAUUCAUCUACACUUGAGAAUGAUGCUCGGAGACCUGAACUAAGGGAUGAUGUUAGAAAAGAUCGGCGCGUCUCGGUCAGUGAUGGCCACACCAUAGGUAAUAUUCACCAUUGGGUUGUGACCUUUGAACCCAACGUGGUACCAAGUCAGGAAGUUGGCUAUCUGGGUCUGACGGAGGGAUUAUGUGAUACUGUGGAGGGUGAUGAUUGUAUGCACUAUAUUGGCCCCGAUACAAGCAAAGUUUCUGGGAAGUUUAGUCAUAUUGAUAGCACUGAUGCGCCCGAUACGGAAGUGCCUCCAAUUGUGUGUUCUACUGGAUCUACCUCACAGGGAGUCAUCAGCAGGCGUGAUGGAAACAUCACGCUUAGAGGAAGUACCAUGCAUGAAGGGAACUAUGUCGAAGGAGCGGACUGCAUGCAUGAAGGGAAAAGCAUCUUUGGAGGGACAACCAUGCGUGAAGGGAACAAUAUCUUUGGAGGGGACACCAUGCGCGAAGGGAAUAUUGAAAGUCAAACUGGAAGGAAUUGCAUCAAUCAUGUUAGUGGAGGGGACGACAUGCUUGAAGGGAACAGUCAGGGUGAAGGGAAUAGUAUGCUUGAAGGAAACAGUGUGAGUGACAACGACAUGCAUGAUGGAAGCAAUGAGAACAUCAUACAUGAAAGAACUAGCACAUCUCAACGAAACAGCAUGAGGGAAGAAAACAGCAUGGUUGAACUUGAAGGCAACAGCACCCCAUGUGGAGGAAACAUGACAUCGGAUCAAUCAAUAGAUGAAAAGCUUGGAGAAGAUAUAGAGGCAGCAUCGGCAGAGGGUAUCACAGACAAAGAACCCAGAGAUGUUGAAGGAGCUGUGCCAGAACACUUUUUGUCUUCUCUUCAGUUGAUGACGAAAGCACAGGAUAAGAUGAGACAGAGGAGGAAGCCUCUAGCUAUCUUCAGUUUUAAGCUGAGACCUAAAAAGAUUCUGAAGAAACAAGUAUUCACCUCUAUCGAACCAAGACCCACCAAGCAUACCGUUACGCCAGACGGACACGUGGAUUACAUCAAACCAAGACCUUCUAUGUCCACUGGUACUCCAGGUGCACUCGUGGGUUCCAUCACACAAAGAUCUACUAAGUCUCCUAUCACUUCGUCCACACACAUGGCCGGUUUGAUCAAGCCUCAAGCUACCAAGAUUAUUAAGGACAGACAGUUGGAUCCAGGAGAUGCAAGAAAAACUGUUCUCAUGGAUAUUGUAUCACCUGGCGUUAUAGGAUCACCAGGACGGGAUGAAAUCAACUGGGACUGGCCACAAGACAGUGAAGGAGCAGAUCUAGACCAAGGUGGAACAAAGUUGAAUAUGAAUAAAUCAGCCAAGACAAGGAAAUCGACAUUUGGGAUCCAUAAAUUUAAUAGGACACCGCAUCGUAGAGGAUCAAAAUCAACUCCGAAGAAGACUGAUUUGAAUCAUGAAUCUUUUGCGAAAAAUAAGACGAUUGAUGAGAAGUGUAAGCCAUGCUGUGUUGAUCUGGGGAAGAGAGUGAGUGAUGAAGGAGUUGAACGGCAAGCUCAAGUGGGUGGUGAAAUAGUCAGGGGAGAGAGUAGCCUAAAAGCAGGCAGUGAAGUUGAACGACAACCUUGUUCUAAAAGUGCUAAAGUGGGUCAGAGACAACCUAAUCAUAAAGUUGGCCGGGGACAAUCUAUUUCCAAGGUGGGCAGAAGACCAGCUAAAGUGGGCCGCGGACAACGUUUCGUAGUUGGUGGAGCCCAACCUUCUGGGGAACGCAUGAAACGAGACAGUGGAGAUGAGAUGACAAGCUUUCCCUGCAAAUAUUGUAAAAAGUCAUUUCGACUGAAAAGUCAGUUGACAAAUCAUACUUGUCCUGAUCGCAAAGACCAAGUGUUAGCAGAGGCAUUAAAGUUGAUGACAGAACGUCAGAAGACCAGCAAUAUAUCGUUGGCCAAGAAGAUUGUGUCGACGAGAAGGUCGAAGGGUCAUAUUUUGGAAGACACUGUUAACAAAAUGUCUGAUAGGAGGACAGUGUCGCAAGUCAAGACAGAGCGCGAUUUGGAGAGUCCAAACUCAAUGGCAGGUCCAACGCAUACUAAGAGACUUUCACUUGUCCAAAAAUAUGACAGGUAUAGACUGAAGCAGUUUGGUUGCGCUCAUUGUAAAGUGGUCUUUCUGCGGAAGGAUAACCUACUGAAGCAUUUACUAAUACAUUCUGGUAAUAGACCGUUUGGGUGUCAAGUUUGCGAGAUGAAAUUCCUGCGCAAGGACCAGUUGGUUCAACAUGAGAGGAUACAUACAGGAGAAAAACCAUUCCGAUGCGAGACUUGCUCGAAAAGUUUUCUGGCAAAGGGCAACUUGAAACGACACGAACUCACCCACGCCGCUGACAAGCCAUUCAAGUGCGACCGAUGUAACGAGGCAUUUAUCCGCGAGUUUCAGUUAGACGUCCACAAGCGCAUUCACUCCGGUAAAAAGCCCUUCAGAUGUCAGAUGUGUCGGAAGGGUUUUCGAUGUGCAGUCACGUUGAAUAUACAUCAGAGGAGUCAUACGGGAGAAACGCCGUACGUGUGUGGGCAGUGCGACAAAGCAUUCAAACAGAAACAGAGUUUGUCAAAACACGAAUUUCUUGUUCACGGAGUCAAGCGGGAACACACAUUUGAAUGCGGGCACUGCGAGCGUGAGUUCAUGUGUCGCAGUGAUUUGACCAAACAUGCAGUUGUCCAUACGGAAGAGAGACCGUUUGUAUGUCUCAUUCAAAACUGUGGGAAGAGAUUCCGAAAGAAGUUUCAUCUAAUGCGCCAUGAGUUGACGCACACUGGUGACAAGCCAUUCAAGUGCGAAAUUUGUCAGAAAAGGUUUGCAUCCAGUGGCAGCUUGAAGAAACACGAGCGAAUCCACACUGGAGAAAAACCGUUCAAAUGUUCGUACUGUGUGAAGGUAUUCGCACAGAAAGUCGGCCUGCAGCAGCACGAACGUAUCCACACUGGUGACAAGCCAUACCAGUGCUCACAUUGCAAAAUGGCCUUCGCGCAGAGGUCGAAUUUGCUGAGUCAUGAGCGCGUGCACACGGGGAAAAAGCCAUACGAGUGCGGUUAUUGUCACAAGGCGUUUGCGGCAAGGUCGAAUAUGAAGCGUCAUGAGAUGACACACGAGAAUGGCGCAGGGGGGCGGAACAUCAAGGAAGAAUCUGAAACGGACCUAUCUGAAUGGUCUGAAUAAGUGAUAAAAUGUAAGAAUGAACAAUUUAGCUGCUUCUUGUUUCGCAGAUUUACCAUACCUCAGAAUAAUUGUAAUUGACAUGUUUCCACCAGUAGUGUUUUUUAAGGAGGACUAAAGGUAGGUGCUAGGGGAUUCAAUGGCCUAACAGCGUAACUUUGGCUACUGCCUCAUGGCACUGGCUGACACCAGGUAUGAUGGAUUUGUCGAGUGAUGCAAGCAAAAAGAUAUAUUAAAGCGAACUGGAACCGCCAAGCCAGUUCGUAUGACCUCGUUUUCAUUUCCCGCGUAUCGGGUGAUCAGAACGAGGCAUGAAUGAAACAUGGCGCCUAGCUGUCAAUCAUUCAGUGACGUCACUACUAUGGAAUUUACUACGAAAAUUCAUGAAUGAAAGAUCGCAUGACUCACGUGAUUCUCACAUGAUUCUCAAUAAUAACAAAUUGAACUGCGCAUGUUCGGGCACUGGGGGCGGAGCUACAAAUCUGAACUCGAAUAGGAAGUUGGAAGUUUGACUUUCUCGGGCGGUGAAAGUCGAAAAGUUGAACAAAUCGCUCGGCGGUUCCAGUUUGCUUUAAGUGGGCUUGAAUUCAGGCGUGAGAACGUCAUCGGCACGUCACACUUGCAGGCGCCUGUUAUGUGGUGACAAUGGGGUAUUUAUCCUUUUAGAGCCCUUGUUAAAAGUAGCCUGAUUUGAUGCAUGCAUGCAAGUCGCUUACAACACUUAAAAUAAAAUACUCGUCAAACAAGCGGGUAUAGUGAAAGAGCUGAUGUAUUGACAGCAAAAGUGUCCAUGCAGCAGAAGUGUCCAUGCAUGGAUCAUUGACGGGCUCAUGGAUAGAUCUAGGAUGAUUAUCACAAACCAUGUUUACAUGUGGAUCCCAUCAUAUAGAUUCUAUGAUGGCCCAAUGAGCAGAAGAUCCACUGAUGGCCCAUGGACAUUUCGUUGAUGGGAGUUCCAACAUAGGCCCAAUGACGGUGGGUCCCAUAAAAAUGAACGUAUGCAGCAUAGUCUAACCCCAUUUGAGUAACAGUCUUCAGAAUUUGGGAAAAUAAGAAUACUUAACCAAUCCUGCUAUAAAUCUUUGAUGGCCUGUCAAAUAUUUUAAAACAUAUUUCAUCCAUGGGUCAAUGAUGGGGCCAUGGUAGAUACGACUAUGGGUUCCAUCAAUGGAUCUAUGAUGGGGAUUCUCCAUCGUCUAUCCGUGGAUGGAGCGCUGAUGAUUAAUCCCCAUCCGAGAUCCAUGCAUGGACAUUUUUGCCUUUUAUUGCAGGCCCUAUUGUCCGUAUGUUCAUCAGGCCAUAUCUGGCUUAUUGAUCUGCACCACGCUAAUAAAAAGGAAAUGAGAAGGUUCAUUUUCGCCGCCCGAGCAAAUGUAAAAAUAGGCCAAAAUGUUUGUCGAGCGAAAUCUCCUUUUUAAAGACAUGAGAUGAACUAGUCAUGUCAAGAGAAAAAAAUACUCACCAGUGUAGCAUUUGCUCCUCAAUUUGUGAAACAUUUACUCAGAAACUGAGCACUUACUCCUCGAUUUGCUGAAACAAAUUACUCAUAAAUUGAUCAUUUACUCCUGCAUGUGUGAAAACAAAUUACUCAUAAAUUUAGCAUUUACUCCUUCAUUUGUGACAAACAGAUUACUCAGCAGUUUAACAUACUCCUGCAUUUGUGACAACAAAUUACUGCUCCUGUAUUUGAGAAAAAAUUUACUCCUCGAUUAAAAAAAAUGCUAAGCAUUUACUCUUCCAGUUUUGAAAAGUAAUGCUGUUGUGGUGCUGUGUAUUGGUGGUUGAGUAAAACGCCACUCAAAUGAGCAUUUUUGUCGCUGCGGUCUGUGUUCAUUGCUGUGAUGAGCAAUAGAAAUAUCGCUCAUCUGCCGGUAAAACUAGUUAUCACUGGGAUUCAUACAGAUCACAGGAUUCACACUUUAAAAUGGAGUUUGUCAAACCACACAAUUAUGUAUGACUAAAUAGGUAUCAAGGUCCAGCUUCACAUUAUCAUCUCCGCUGCAUACUACAAGGCCUUUGUUGAUUUAUGCUGCUUGGUGGCUUAAGAUAUCAGUUGGCCAAAGUAAAAUAUGUGCUUACUGGGAGAGGAAAUGACGACACAAAAAAAACAGACAAAGGAUUAGUUCAAUUUGAGGGGCGUUUAGGCCUGCAUUUAUUAUUUUAUCCAAUUGUAUCCCUCCAAGACUGUUAUGGGAGGGCCUUGUUUCUAUUGUGUUAUAAAGGUUAACCAAUACCUUUACCCACCAUGCUAACCUAGGCCUUGUGCUUGAUAUGCGGAAUGAAACACUCGUGUAGAGACAUUUGUUAAAUUCGGUUUUUAUCAAGAGAAUGAUUCUUGGUUUCUAGUUAUAGGUGCCACAUAUCGUAUCAAUGUGAACAUUAUGAUUGAUUUAGUUUUGUAGAAUGGAAUAAAUCUAGAAUUGGUGCUCAUUAAGUACUCAAAAUACUCGGUGAGUAUUCAACAUCAUGUGGAAGUAGGGGGUUAAUGUUUGCUUCUCCGACCAGGCAGACAAACUAGCGAGACAUACACCAUCAUUUGGUGAGGUGCCAGUUCAGAAGUAAUUGCGCCAAUCAGAAUAUUGCUUACAUUUGAAUAUAGGAAUUUCAAAAAGGUGGUAGAAACAAUAUCCACAGUCACAUUUUCACUGGUUGUUUUACCAUGCCAAAAAGAAAGCACUAGCUAUCUCCUUCAAGAUGCACACUGCAACAUCAAUUCUGAGAUUUCUGAGUGCGAAAAUUCGAUUCACACAAAUCAUCAGAAAUAAAGAACUGGAACCAAGGUUGACAGUUAAAUCUCGGAUGCUGACUUAAAGGUGAAGUACGUCAACUGUACUUCACCGAAUGAGGGCUAAUGUCUCAGGGGUUGGUGUUGGGGGCUGGAGAAAAGAAUGUCAUACCCUGGUUUCCUCAAGAUGGUAUUCAAGUGCUUUGUUUUUUAUGCACAGGUCCAUCGUGGAAGAUUUUGCAAAUAGUCUGGCUGUCAGGGGUGACUUCUAUGCCUUGCAGAUGUGCCAAUGAACUCAUUGGCACAUAAAAAUUAUCUUUUCGUUUGACUGUUGUGGAAAAAAUACAGUGGAAGCUCCCUUAGCGGACACCUCUCUAUUAAGGACACUAGGUUUGGUCCCAAAUUGGCUGUUUCCAUUCAAUUUGACCUCUAAUCAGGACACCUCUCUAUUAAGGACAGCACUUGUCAGUCCUGAGGGUGUCCUUAAUAGAGAGGUUCUACUGUACUCCUUCACUGCUGGAUUUUGCAAGCAAAAAUGCGUAAGGAUUACAAUUUGGAUGUUGUUAAAAAGUCAUUAGGAUACACCAAAAUUGGGGGACAAGUCUGCUGAUAAUACUCCAAAAUCCGCUGGAAAUAAUAUGUGGAAAUGUUUGUUGUUGGAAGGUCUGUUAUUCUUUAUAGUUUUGGCCAACUAAAUCUUUGAUGUUUCAUUACCAGGUCCACAAAGUUGGAUGUAUAGUAAUUCUCACAGUCGUUUCCUGAUCAUGUAGUCUGUAAUAUUAGUACUAUUAGUAGUGAGUAUACAGUGUCACAACAAUAGUGAGUUUCAGCAAAUCAAAAAGUCCUUGUAUGAUGAAGCUGUAUUAAUAGCAUUCCGCGAAGAUGAGGUCACUGCAGCUGCUGCCCUCUAUUUCCUCAUCGCUGAAUUACAGGCAAUGUCGGACAAACAUGCGGCUUCGUAAUGGAUUCAGGCUUUCUAACUAGGGCAGUUAGAUUCAAUCUGGCACAUGUCCGAGUGUUGGAAAUACUACAUAAUUGUUCUGAAUAUUUCUCUCUCUGACUCUAUGGUAUCAUUCAUGCUAAAAACAAUGCAGGGUCAAAGAUAAUUGGCUUUGAAAUAAACUCAAAUGCGUAGAAAUAAGUGUCGAUGUCCGACUGUCACGUGACUAAAACGUCAUCAAUAUCUUAUGCAAAUGACCUUGUGAGCUAUAAAUAGUAACUUCGCGGGAUGCUAUUAUCUAUGAUGCGGCAAAACGUAAAAUUGAUACUGGUACGUCAUACAAGCGUGAAAUUAGUCCCUGCUGAAACUCCCUCAGUAAAAAUAAUGAUCUAAAGGUCUAACCCAGCCUCCUGAAAAAGACCAUUCCCCUUGUUAAAGCCUACCGUAUGUGUUCAACUCUUAUUGUUGUUAAGUUGUUAUUGUGCGAGUGUUCUUACUAUUCAAUCUUAUCAGACUUCAUGUCCAUGAACUGCCAAACCUUAUUGCAUUUUCAGUUGAUUUCUGUUUACCCAAGUCUGUUUUGCUAUAUGCGACUCUUUGUCUUUACACCUGAAGUAAAAGGGUACCAGCGAAGAUAGUGGCACUGACUAUCACUGCGGUAUUGCAUUGAAGGAGAUGUGUUAUCAAUUUUGAUGACAUUUUUACGUCGUUUUGACAUUCAUUGUGUGCACCUUUUGUUUUAUCCAUAUUUGCAAAUUAUGCGAAUAAAACCAGCAACGAUAAUACACAAGCCCUAAAUUGAUGAUGAUGAUUGUCAUUUUCACCCUCGUGGAAAUCAGUGCCACCUAUUGGAAUGCCGGUGAAAACUUCUGUUACGAGUGAAGGUUGUUGGGUUUUUUUAUGUCCACGCAUAUCAUUAAUGUUGCACAGCUGUGACAGUUGUCUUGGCAUCUUGGUGGGUUUUGGAACACAGCUACGUGUGUUGUGCCACUUUUCACAAUGGUUGUUGAGUAAUAACUUUUUUUGUCGCUGUAUUGGUGCCUUUUUAGGUUGUCUGUAGGAUAAUAAUUAUAGUCUGUAAUGUGUCAAAUUCUAAAAUACCUAGAUUCAAAAUGAACCACACUUUACAAUCCGUGAAAAUGCACUAUGCGCAAAGAAAGCCGUGUAUUGAAUUCAGUGUUUAUGGAUAGGCAACCAUAACUGCUUGGGUUGGUGCAAAAUGUGGAAGCUGUUAUACAAACACAUUUUUUUGUUUAAUUUGAGAUGUUUUAGAAUAGAAAUUGAUACCUCACUGAUGGUAUUGAUUGUCCCACCAAAACCGCUCGGGUGGAGCUGAAAUGUUUACCAAAACCUCGGCUUUGGUCUACAUUUUAGCUCCACCUGAGCAGUUUUGGUGAGACAAUCAACACCUCCAGUGAGUUAUCAAUUCCUUAAACCACAUUCUCAAAUGCCUUAGUCGCAGGAUAUCAGUGUUUGUUAUGGAAAAUAUGUUAAGAGUUGUUUUUAUUUCAGCAGUUCUUCGUAUCGCCACCAGGGACUGCUAGGUUUUAGUUCGAGGACAAAUUUUCCUUACGGGCCGUUUCAGAAUAGAAAUGAAUACCUUGGUCUAACCCCGAGCAGUCUUGAUUGGACUGCCCCAGCUAGGUAUCACUUCCUUGAAGAAAAAUUUGGAAAGUUGCUAUGCCACUUCUUAAAUACUGACUUUACAGACAGGCUCAGGGCUCGAGAUAACCCCUGAAAAGUGUAUUUGAAACUGUUAACUUAAAAAUCUGUUACAGGACUCCGGAUAUUUUUUUUUGUUGUUGUCAAGGCAUUUGUUUGACUCCCGGGUAAGAAAGUCUAGCCUGAGCCCUGACAGUGUUGGACUCUAGUUUAGGAGUGUUCUCAGUCUGCAAACACAUUUGUCGUUCUCAUGAAGACUGUUGUUUUGUUUUGUACACCCAUAUCAUACUCAUUCAGAUGAAGACUUAUCAUGUUUUGUUUUGCAUUUAAACUUUGGUUAGUAUUAGGUGCUGUUUUGUUGCACACAUUGUCAGUUCAGUGAUGGUAAGCUAUGUCUCUCGCCUUAGGAGGCUCUGUCACGGCCCUGAAUUCCGCUGUACAUUUUCACAUGCAGAAUUUCUAUCUCGGUGGGUUCCAACCAUUUCUUCUGGAGACAUUAGGUGGUGGAAGAGAGUUGGCCUCAUGAUCAAGAGGUCUUGGGUUCGACUCCUGGUCAAGUCACUCUUGGUUCCCCUACCGGUGGAGUUCAAGUGAGUGCCUUCUGGCUGCUCCUUCAAACCCCUGAUUAAUUUCUGUGGAGACCGGGGUAAUAAUAUGUCAUCCCAAAAGUGAUUUGAGCAGGGAAACCUGGAAAAACACUAUACAUGUACAUGUAUAAGAACUCAAUACAGAAUGAAAUAUAUAGAUAAUUGGCAUGAAAUUUCACAGACCAAAAAAUUAACUAUUACCCCUUUGAUUGGGGCUACAAAUUCCGCAUGUCUUCAUAAAUGAGUGAUCUUGUAAUACUUCGAGGAUUGUGGUUCCCUAGUCGCUUACCUUGGAUAGAAAAAAGUGGUAGUCGACUAUCACAACACAUUGUCAGUUGGUAACUUAGUUUGGUCAUCUGUUGGUAUUUUAAGAUCUUGGAUGUUUAAAACCCGCAGCCUGUAGUAAUCUCUUCAAGUUUAGAAAAAAACGCUGUGCCGGUUGACAGAACCAUUGUUUAGUGCUGUGCCGGGUGAAAGAGCUAGUGUAUAGUGGCGGGCGGGUUGACAGAACUUAGGUAUGGUGCUGAGCCAGCUCACCGAACUAAGGUGUGGUGCUGUGCCAGCUCACAGAACUAAGUGUACAGUGCCAGGGUGGUUUACAGAACGUUUAUACAGUGCUGGACUGGUUUACAGUCUAGUGUGUGGUACUAGGGUGGUUUACAGAACGUUUAUACAGUGCUGGGCUGGUUUACAGUCUAGUGUGUGGUACUAGGGUGGUUUACAGAACUAUUGUGCAGUGCCGGGCCGGUUUACAGGUCUCUUGUAGUACAGCCAUGUAACUAUGUCACUCUGCGACUGCCAACACAGGCUACCAUUUUUGAACUGCUAAUAAUAAUAAUAAUAAAUAUUUUUAUUGCCUCCUAAAAGAAGAUAUUUACAGUACAGUACACAAUGAGCACAACAGUUUUUCCCACAAUUGUUACAUACAAAUUAAAGCAUUAAAAUAUGGGCACAGACAUACCACCAUCAUGAUCAGAACGACCUGAGCAAUAAUCUGGUCAAUUCAUAUAAUCCGUUUCAUGGUGUCAAUCACAAGUGCGUGAAGAUACCUGAAUUAUAGCAAUCGAUCGGCCUCGAAUUAUUUGAUACACACAACCUGAAGACCCUACAUAACAUGUAUCACCAAGGAUAAGAAUUGUGAAAUAUGUUUGAAAAACCGAGGGAAAUCAAAAUCAAAAUCGUGAAAUUUUAAAGUUUUUCAGAAUGUUUUGGAAUUCAACAAUCGAAAAUGGCGCAAAAAAUGUGGCAGUCUACAAUAUCUGUAUUCAACUAUCACCUAAAGUUUUUGGGCUUUCUGUCACUCGAUUCCGAGCACAUCAUUAGCUGGACUGUAGUUGUUUUAGCGGCUGUCCUGAAAGGGUUGUUCCAUUUGAACCCAUUCAAAUUUUGAAGGGCGUGGACAAGAAUAGAAUUUCUACAUAUCAAUCAUGCUGUAGCUUAAAGGGACUCUAUAUGCAGCUGCUAGGUAGGCAAGAUAAAUUUACACAUAUACGCCAAUAGGGGUCUCUCUCAUCUCACAGUAAAUCAAAACUAUUCACGCUUGUACAAGGAAAAUAUUCAGUGCUGAAUCAAACAGGACCCAGUGUCAUUACAAUUAUUUGUCACUCAAAAAUGGCCAAUUUAACCCCUCUGCUCCUGCCUAUAGCAUUCAAGGAAUCAUGAUACUGUAAUUAAGUUAAACCUUAUUCAAAUGAAAGACUUGCCACUAACAGUUCAAUUUAAGCUGUGGGGUCGAAAAUGUAUCGGACAAUUUUACUCCAUCUUACAGCACCUCACUGACAGUAUUGGUUGUCCCGCAAAGCCCGAAGUAUACCAAAGUGGUAUACGGUGGAAACUUCCUCUGUGCAUUGUUACUGACAGAAUUUCUUUCUCAGUGGAAUGAAACCCUUCUAGAGACAUGCAAUGCAUGAAAUCAAAUGAAGAUUCUCUGAUCUAUACUUGAUGAAAUUAAUGAAACGUAAGCUAUAUUAUUGGUGCAAACAAAAUUACAGUCAGUGCCAUUCAGGUCUGUUAUUUCAACAAGACAUGCUUCAGUGUUAAGGAAACUCUGGUUAGUGUAGUGACUAUUGUCUCACAUAAUAUGUGUUGUAUGAAAAUGUUACAAUAAAAUUAGUUCAAAAGUCAA